AUGAAGUCGGACAUUAUUCCCAUCAACCCCACCAUUAUCCGCGUGAUGAGAGUGCUGCGGAUAGCACGAGUAUUGAAGCUGCUAAAGAUGGCAAAGGGCAUUCGAGCUUUGCUAGACACUGUUUGACAGGCCCUGCCGCAGGUGGGGAACCUAGGACUGCUCUUCUUUCUCCUCUUCUUCAUCUUUGCCGCGCUCGGCGUUGAGCUGUUUGGAAGACUAGAAUGCUCGGAGGACCAUCCCUGUGAAGGCCUCAGCGACCACGCCCACUUUAAGGAAUUUGGCAUGGCCUUCCUGACACUGUUCCGCGUAGCGACCGGCGACAACUGGAAUGGCAUCAUGAAGGAUACGUUACGGGACGGCUGCAACAGUGAAGCGGAGUGCAGGGUUAACUGCUGUGUCAGUCCAUUCGUUGCCCCCAUCUACUUCGUCGUGUUCGUACUCAUCGCUCAGGUUUGUCCUGGUGAACGUGGUCGUGGCUGUGCUCAUGAAACAUCUCGAGGAAUCACACAAGCUGAUGGAGGACGAGGCGGAGAUCGACGAGGAGAUACAGCGGGAGCUCGACGACGAAGCAGCGCUCAUACGCGAGCAGAGGAUGAUAGCAGUGGCCGCUGAUAGACAGGCGCAACUGGCGGAUCGACCAUGACGCCGACG